AAGGGGUUGGUGUUGUAGUUUGGUAGAUUAUGUACGUUUUGCACGGGUGCAAAAGCCUGAUAAAUGUACAGCAGCCAUGUUUUAGAUUGAAGGAUUAAAUUAACUGAAGUACAUCCGCUUGAGGUAUGUUCACAUUGUGCCCCUUACUACGAUUCCAGCCAUGUAAUCAUACUCAGUCUAAUACUGCCGUGGAAUUAACCGGUCCUCCUUACAUACAUGUAUGCAAUUUAAGGGUCAAGAGUUGAGAUCUGAGGGAUAUUGAAACUUGGCAUAAGAAAAAACUAAUAUUCUUAAUGCAAGUUGAUAAGAGGUCAGUGAGUAUCUUAGACUAGUCAUAACUGUGUGUGUGUGUGUGUGUGUAAGCUUUGCACAUCUGGAUUUGGGGAUUUUCUCAAGCUCUGUUAAAUUAGACGGGGAAGCGGCAGUGAACUGCAAUCAAGUCUUUCCACAGAUUUUCAAUGGUAUUCAAGUCUGGUCUUUGGCUGGGCCACUCAAUGAUUUUCACAUUCUUGUUCUGAAGGCAUUCCAGCAUUGCUUUGGCUGUAUGCUCAGGAUUAUUGUCAUGUUGGAACCUAAAUCUUCGCCCUCCAAUCUAAGGUCGUUUGCACUCUGAAGCAGAUGCUCAAGAAUUUGCCUAUAUUCAAUGUUGCCUUUAUCCUUACCAGUCUCCCAGUCCCUGCUACUAAAAAGCAUCUCCAUUGCAAGAUGCUGCCAACACCAUGCUUUACGGUAGGUAUUUGACAGGUGAUGAGCUGUGCCUGGUUCUCUCAGACCACAAUCACAAUCUUUCACCUUAUGCUCAGUCUUUUACAUGCCUUUUAACCAACUCCAGGCAUGCUGUCAUGUGCCUUUUAACAAACUCCAGGCAUGCUGUCAUGUGCCGUUUAAUAAACUCCAGGCAUGCUGUCAUGUGCCUUUUAACAAACUCCAGGCAUGCUGUCAUGUGCCUUUUAACAAACUCCAGGCAUGCUGUCAUGUGCCUUUUAACAAACUCCAGGCAUGCUGUCAUGUGCCAUUUAAUAAACUCCAGGCAUGCUGUCAUGUGCCUUUUAACAAACUCCAGGCAUGCUGUCAUGUGCCGUUUAAUAAACUCCAGGCAUGCUGUCAUGUGCCUUUUAACAAACUCCAGGCAUGCUGUCAUGUGCCUUUUAACAAACUCCAGGCAUGCUGUCAUGUGCCUUUUAACAAACUCCAGGCAUGCUGUCAUGUGCCGUUUAAUAAACUCCAGGCAUGCUGUCAUGUGCCUUUUAACAAACUCCAGGCAUGCUGUCAUGUGCCUUUUAACAAACUCCAGGCAUGCUGUCAUGUGCCAUUUAAUAAACUCCAGGCAUGCUGUCAUGUGCCUUUUAACAAACUCCAGGCAUGCUGUCAUGUGCCUUUUAACAAACUCCAGGCAUGCUGUCAUGUGCCGUUUAAUAAACUCCAGGCAUGCUGUCAUGUGCCUUUUAACAAACUCUGGGCAUGCUGUCAUGUGCCUUUUAGCAAACUCCAGGCAUGCUGUCAUGUGACUUUUUCUCAGGAGUGGCUUCAGUCUGGCCACUCUCCCAUAAAGGCCAGAUUGGUGAAGUGCUGUAGUUUUGUCCUUCUGGCAGCUUCUCCCAUUUCAGCCAAGGAAUGUUGUCAGUCUCAACAGCACUGGGUUCUUGGUCACCUAUUUGACCAAGGUCCUUGUUGCCUGGUUGCUCAGUUUGGUCAGACAGCUAGCUUGAGGCAGUCUGGGUAGUUCCACAUUUUUUCAAUGAUGGAGAUUCCAAAGAUGACACUAGAAAUGGUUUUAUAAUCUAUAGUUUCGGCUCUUACAUGCACUUUCAACUGUGGGACCUUAGACCAGUGUUUCUAAAUCAUGUCCAAACAAUUUAAUUGGCCACAGAUGGACUUCAAGUUGUAGUGAAAUAUCAAGGAUGAUCAAGGGAAAAACAUGUUUUCACUAUGUCAUUAUGGGGUA